AUGCUGUCUCCACCGAUGACGGUACCGCUCUCUUCGCUCUUGGCCUGGCGAGAUAUUGAGAGCUCCACUAGCUACGGUUACCCACUCGACGUGAUAGACCAUCUUACCACAUGGGGGUUAAUGUAAAACAGCCCCUCCCCCACUUGGCUAUUACCUGCCCCAUUACAUUCCCUCAACUUUCUCUCUCCAGCACAUCAUAUCACCCCUUCCUCCUCGCGCUGAUCAGAGAUUGACAGCUUGCAUUGCCCUUUGUCCGUCGAGAUUUGUUCAUCUGAAUUCCAUUUAGAAUCAUCAUCAUCAUGAGCAACGAGGCUGUUGGAGAUUUUGGUCUCAUCGGUCUGGCCGUUAUGGGCCAGAACCUGAUCUUGAACGCCGCUGACCACGGCUUCACUGUCGUUGCCUUCAACCGUACCACCUCCAAGGUCGACCACUUCUUGGCGAACGAGGCCAAGGGCAAGUCCAUUGUCGGCGCCCACUCCAUCCAGGAGUUCGUUGCCAAGCUCAAGAAGCCCAGAAGAAUGAUGCUCCUUGUCAUGGCUGGUGCUCCUGUUGACAGCUUCAUUGAGGCUCUCCUGCCUUUCAUCGAGCCUGGUGACAUCAUCAUUGACGGCGGUAACUCUCACUUCCCCGACACCAACCGCCGUACCCAGUACCUUGCCAGCAAGGGCAUCCGCUUUGUCGGCACUGGUGUUUCUGGUGGUGAGGAGGGCGCCCGUUAUGGUCCCAGCUUGAUGCCUGGUGGCCACGAGGAAGCCUGGCCCUAUAUCAAGGAUGUUUUCCAGAGCAUUUCCGCCAAGAGCGACGGCGAGGCUUGCUGCGAGUGGGUCGGCGACGAGGGUGCUGGUCACUACGUCAAGAUGGUCCACAACGGUAUUGAAUACGGUGACAUGCAGCUCAUCUCUGAGGCCUAUGACAUUAUGAAGCGUGGUCUCGGCUUGAAGGACAAGGAGAUUGGUGAUGUCUUCGCCAAGUGGAACAAGGGUGUUCUUGACUCUUUCCUCAUUGAGGUUACUCGCGAUGUCCUUUACUUCAACGACGAUGAUGGCACUCCCUUGGUCGAGAAGAUUCUCGACUCUGCUGGCCAGAAGGGUACCGGCAAGUGGACCGCCAUCAACGCUUUGGACCUUGGCAUGCCCGUCACCCUGAUCGGUGAGGCUGUCUUCGCUCGUUGCUUGAGCUCUCUCAAGGCCGAGCGUACCCGUGCCUCCAAGUUGAUUGGAUACGAGGGCCGCGUUCCCCACUUCGAGGGUGACAAGGAGAAGUUCCUUGAGGACCUUGAGCAGGCUCUCUAUGCCUCCAAGAUCAUUUCGUAUACCCAGGGCUUCAUGCUGAUCCAGGAGGCUGCCAAGUCCUACUCGUGGAAGCUCAACAAGCCCUCUAUCGCCCUCAUGUGGCGCGGUGGCUGCAUUAUCCGUUCCGUCUUCUUGAAGGACAUCACCAACGCCUACAGGAACAACCCUGAGCUUGAGAACCUCCUCUUCGACGACUUCUUCAAGAAGGCUAUCCAGAAGGCCCAGCCUGGCUGGAGAGAGGUUGUCAGCAAGGGCGCUCUCUGGGGUAUCCCCACUCCUGCUUUCAGCACUGCCCUCAGCUUCUUCGAUGGCUACCGCACCAAGGACCUCCCUGCCAACAUUCUCCAGGCCCAGCGUGACUACUUCGGUGCCCACACCUUUAAGAUCAAGCCUGAGUUCGCUAGCGAGAAGUACCCUGAGGGCCAGAACAUCCACGUCAACUGGACCGGAAGAGGAGGUAACGUCUCCGCAUCCACUUACCAGGCUUAAGUGUAUUCAACUUGCCGGCCUUGUGGAUGAUUGAGGGGAAAUUUUGACUUGUCAGCAUGUCACAGAAACAUGCUUACAAGAAGUAUACUCUAAAGCAGCUAAUAUAUCUUUUUUUGCGUCUAGCUGCUCCCCAUUCCAGCGUCCGUUGGAAGUUGUAAAUGAUGAGACCUGACGGGCUUAUGACUUGGUUAGAAUGUCAGUUUUCAGUUUCACGUCUUAUGAUAUAAGUCGAAAGUUCAAAAAGAAUAUUCCUCAUUAAUUUGCAAUUCUUUGGUGAAGUGAAUGCAGUUGUACAUAUCCACAUUUUGUCGCUUCGUAAAAGGGGGUUUCCCACAUGUUCAAGGUGAAUUGCUUGAGCUCACGCCUGG